UAAGAUAAAGGUUGGGUUGUGUAUGUGGAAGAGAGAGAAAUGAAUAUUUUAAUUGAAGGUUGGGUUGAGGGAAAGUCACUGAUGGGGAUAGUCUUAUAUAUAUAAAGAGAGAACCACGUUGAGCAGCUAGUAUCAAAAUUAAAGAAUCGUUCAGUUGUGUAGGAUGAAUAUGAGAAGGGAUCUGGAAGUAGAGAUGAAGGAGUUGAGGUGGACGGUUAAGAGUGGGAUAACAAAGGAAGAAGGGUGGAGGAGAUCACAGCUUCAAAAUCUGCGUAAUAUGCUUGUUGAGAAAGAGGAUCACAUAUUCCAAGCACUUGAACAAGACUUGGGCAAGCAUCCAGUAGAGUCGUUUCGAGAUGAGGUGGGACCCUUGAUCAAAUCUGUAAAUUAUGCUCUGAAAGGAUUGAAGAAAUGGAUGGCAGGAAAGAAGGCUGAUUUGCCGUUUGCUGCAUUCCCAUCAAGUGCAAGAUUAGUCCCUGAGCCCCUUGGAGUUGUUCUCAUCAUAUCAUCUUGGAAUUUUCCUUUUGGGAUAUCGUUGGAGCCAAUGAUAGGAGCAAUUGCGGCAGGGAACGCAGUCGUUUUGAAACCAUCUGAGCUUGCAGCCGCAUCCUCUUCCACGUUAGCCACUUUGAUUCACACUUACCUCGACACCAAGGCUAUCAAGGUCAUUCAAGGCGGCAUCUCUGUUGGUCAGCAGCUUUUGCAACACAAAUGGGACAAGAUAUUUUUCACAGGUAGCGCGGCCGUGGCGCGUAUAGUGAUGACAGCAGCAGCCAAGAAUCUAACUCCUGUUGCGUUAGAAUUGGGAGGAAAGUGCCCUGCAGUUGUGGAUUCUCUUUCCUCUUCUUGGGAUAGAGAGAUGGCGUUAAAUCGCAUCAUUGCAGCGAAAUUCGGUACGUGUGCUGGACAAGCCUGUAUAGGCAUUGAUUACAUCCUUGUCGAGAAAAAGUUCUCGCACACUCUGGUAGAACUGCUCAAGGCAAAGAUUCAGAAAAUGUUUGGGGAAAAUCCAAAGGAAUCGAAAACAGUUGCAAGAAUAAUUAACAAAACUCAUUUUGGGCGUUUAAGCCGUCUUCUUAAUGAUUCAAUGGUCAAAGCUUGUGUUGUUCAUGGUGGAUCGCUGGAUGAAGAUAAUCUUUACAUAGAACCAACAUUACUGUUAGAUCCUCCACUUGAAGCUGAAAUCAUGACGGAAGAAGUCUUUGGUCCAUUGCUUCCCAUAAUCACUCUAGAGAAAAUUGAAGACAGCAUUGAAUUUAUUAGUGCGAGGCCUAGAGGACUGACCAUAUACGCAUUCACAAAUAAUGAAAACAUGAAGAAAAAACUAUUGUCCCAAACAUCUUCAGGAAGCGUUGUGUUUAAUGACGCCAUCAUUCAAUAUGUUGGAGAUUGUAUUCCUUUUGGAGGAGUUGGAGAGAGUGGAUUCGGCAGAUAUCACGGAAAAUAUUCAUUUGAUAUGUUUUCUCAUGAGAAGGCCAUUAUAAAAAGAAGCUUCUUAAUAGAUUUUUGGUUCAGAUAUCCUCCAUGGAAUGAGCAAAAGCUACAACUCUUUAGAUUUGCCUAUAGAUUUGAUUAUUUCGGAAUUCUUCUAAUCAUUUUGGGCUUCAAAAGAUCAAAAUAGCUCCCAUUUUGAGCAAUUCGCUCUAAAUUGUGAACUAUUUUUUAUUUUCUUUUAAUUUGUAUAAUUGAUUUGAAUAAGGCAAAAUUAAGCUACAAUUGAUAAUAAAGACGCAAAGGACACAUUAGUCACA